CGACUCUUUUUCAGCACAUGAAGGCAGCAUCAUAGUCCUACCGCCUCGGCUGGGAGGAUACAACCGUUCCGAUUAGGGCUGCCGACGAUGUUAUGUCUUGUUUUACAGAUGAGCCAUGGGCAUAGGCACCAUCUGAGGUGCCUCCGUCACUUCGAAGAGGCUGUACUAUCCUCGUCUCAUUACUUGUAAUAGCCGUCAUUAGACAAAACCCGAAGGGCCCAAGGUAGCCGGCGAAGACCGGACUCCGGGCUUUAUGUUUACCGCAGAGAAGGUGGAGAGGGAGUUGGAGCCAUGGGUUUCUCCUUCAGCCCUUGAUGAACUGAAAUAAGCUGGACCCACACGACUCAUCCAACCUGCCCCUGCCUACAGCGGGGGCUCCCCUCUCCCCCUCACCCUCUCCAGCUAUGGCAGGCUUCAAGCGGGGCUAUGAUGGCAAGAUUGCUGGCCUGUAUGACCUGGACAAAACGCUGGGCCGUGGCCACUUUGCGGUAGUCAAGCUGGCGCGCCAUGUCUUCACAGGGGAGAAAGUGGCAGUGAAAGUUAUUGACAAGACUAAACUGGACACCGUGGCUACAGGUCACCUUUUCCAGGAAGUUCGCUGCAUGAAGCUGGUCCAGCAUCCCAACAUUGUGCGCCUGUAUGAAGUGAUAGACACUCAAACCAAACUUUACCUCAUCUUGGAAUUAGGUGAUGGAGGGGAUAUGUUUGACUACAUCAUGAAACAUGAGGAGGGUCUGAAUGAAGAGCUGGCUAAGAAAUAUUUUGCCCAGAUUGUUCAUGCUAUCUCAUACUGUCAUCGGCUGCAUGUGGUGCACAGGGACCUCAAGCCAGAGAAUGUGGUGUUCUUUGAGAAACAAGGGCUGGUCAAGCUCACUGACUUUGGAUUCAGUAACAAGUUUCAACCUGGAAAAAAGCUGACAACCAGCUGUGGAUCUCUGGCAUACUCUGCACCAGAAAUACUGCUGGGUGAUGAGUAUGAUGCUCCAGCCGUAGAUAUCUGGAGUCUCGGUGUGAUCCUGUUCAUGUUAGUAUGUGGUCAGCCACCCUUCCAGGAAGCUAACGACAGUGAGACCCUCACCAUGAUCAUGGACUGUAAAUACACUGUACCAGCCCGUGUUUCCACUGCCUGCAAAGAUCUGAUAGACCGUAUGCUUCAGAGGGAUCCCAAACGGCGAGCUUCCCUGGAGGAAAUUGAGAGCCAUGCCUGGCUGCAGGGGGUUGACCCAUCUCCAGCUACCAAAUACAGCACUCCUCUGGUGUCUCACAAGAACCUGUCCGAGGAGGAACACAACAGCAUCAUCCAGCGCAUGGUGUUAGGAGACAUCGCAGACCGAGAGGCCAUAGUCGAAGCCCUGGAGACCAACAAAUACAACCACAUCACGGCCACAUACUACCUGCUAGCAGAGAGGAUCCUGAGAGAGAAGCAGGAGAAGGAGGUCCAGACCCGUUCAUCCAGCCCCAGCAACAUCAAGGCACACUUCAGGCAGUCCUGGCCCACCAGAGGGGACAUGCACCAGGACAUAGAGGACAGCUUGGCAGCAUCCUCCAUCUCCCAUGCUGGAGGCCCCCAGUCCCCGGCUCGCAGCGCCGAGAACCUGCUCAAUGGACAUCGCUCCAAAGGCAUGAUGGAGCUGAGCCGACGAGAGGAGAUGACAGUGACGGACUCUGCAGGGCUGCCACCACAGGGAGCCUGUGCUGCUGCCUCUGGCCCUGCAUCUGGCUCAGGGCCCCUCAGGGCCCCCACCGCCUCCACCUCAGCAGCAGCAGCCAAGCAGCGAACUUGCCUGUUCAGGGUGGAGGAGGAUGAGGAGGAGGAGGAAGAGCAGGAUCCAUCUCCCCUCCCAACCCAGGUGAUCCUGCGUCGCAAGCCCCCCUCGAUAACCAACCGCCUCACCUCCAGGAAGAGUGCACCUGUGCUCAACCAGAUCUUUGAGGAGGGGGAGUCUGACGAUGAUUUUGACAUGGACGAGGGUCUUCCACCCAAACUCAGCCGUCUCAAGAUGAACAUGGCUGGGAACGCCACCAACCUGAGCUCCGGGGCCGGCUCAUCCUCCCCGGGCUCUACGCAGAAGCGUUACCACCGACGGAAGAGCCAGGGCAGGGGGUCAUCGUGUUCCAGCUCUGAGACGAGUGACGACGAUUCAGAGAGCCACCGGAGACGUCUGGAUAAAGACUCGGGCUUUGGUUACAGCUGGAACAGAAGGGACAGCAGCGAGGGGCCUCCUGGCAGCUCGGGUGGGAACGGGGUGCAGGGAGAGGGUGGUGGUGGUGAUGGUGGGAGAGGAGGAGGAGGGGGUGAUAAAGGACAAGACAGCCCCUCCAGUUGUAACAACAGUAGCACCACCAACCCCUCCCUCAGAUCCCUGUCCCGGUCCUCCCGCACUGCGAGCCGCGGCACCGAGCUGGUGGAGAGUCUGAAGCUAAUGAGUCUGUGCCUCAGCUCCCAGCUGCAGCACCACCGCGGGGGGCGGGCAGGGCGAGGAGGAGGAGGAGGGGGAAAGUUCAUUAUAGACCCUUGCAGCCUGUCAGGAGGGAGUGUAAAGAUCCAGGAGAAAUCGGCGUGGAGGAUGUCCAUCAGUUCCACCAAGAGCCUGGACACCAUCACCCUCCCGACCACUGUCGCUCCGCCUCGCACACACAGUGCCCAGCACCAACACCACAAAACAGCGCAGCACCACCACCCCAGUCUGCACUCAGGUUCGGGCAGCAGGGACGCUCACAGCAGCCUGAGCGCUUUGAAAAACAGUGUGCUUCAACUACCUCUGUGCGAGAAGACCAUCUCUGUCAAUAUCCAGCGGGGUGGGGGCUCAGGGGAUGGCCUGCUCUGUACCUCAGCUCCAGCCAGCUGCUGCCAGGUCAUCUGAAGUGCUCUGACUCUCUGUGGACCACACACAGCUGAAAACCCUCCCUCCUGGAUCACCUCUCCACCUUUUCUUGAACACACUACUGCGCCCACUGAUGUGCUGAGCUGUAGCGGAGCCUGUCCACCUGCCUCCUGCCUCCUGCUGUGGUCUCAGUGUCUCGUAUUGUCUCUCAGCUCUGAGUUGCUCCAAUUCUCUGCACUGUCACUUUGUCUCCUUCCCUCUGUGCUCUGCUUACUGUUUGUGCACCUGAAGUGUGCAUUGCUAAUAGCUGCUUUUAAUAUAUAUCAUCGUGUUUAGUGUGUUUUUUUUAUCCUUGUUUUUUUUUUGUCCAACAAAUGCUCUUUAGAGGAGCUGAACUAAUAUUUUUACAUUCUUGAUAAGAAUAUGCUGGCUUUAAAACAUUCAGAUAUGGAGGCUUUUACUGAUGGUAACUGGUUCAGGACGGGACACACACAGUGGUCGCAGUCCCGCAGACUGUUAGGGCCUCUGGGGAGGAAAACUCUGUUAAGAGUCCAAAUGUUGAAGUAUGUCUUAAUUUUUAAUAAAUAAGAGAAAGCAAUCUUAAUAUCAUAAGGAUAAAGUUGUUUUACCCAAAAGUAUGCAGUUGCAAUUUUGGCAGGAAA